AUGAAGUUUGAGAACAUCCUCGCCGACAUCAAUGGAUUUGGAAGAUUUCAGAUAACAAUCAUUGCGAUCAGCUUCCUCGGCCGCUUCACGAUGCCCUGCCACUUCAUGCUGAACAACUUCAUAGCGGCCGUGCCCUCUCACCACUGCGACAUCAGCUCGCUGGAUGACGGAGGUAUUUUUAGGAAUUUGUCGCAGGCUGAGAAACUUAUUGUUGGUGUUCCAGUCCAGGAGGAUGGGACUCCGAGCUCCUGUCAGAUGUUCACAGAGCCGCAGUAUCAUCUGCUGCUCGACUCCUCCAACGUUACCGACCUGCCCACAGUGUCAUGCCAGAAUGGAUGGGUGUACGAUCACAGCACCUUCAAAUCUACUAUCACCUCACAGUGGGACCUGGUAUGUGACAGAAAAAGUAAAAACAAGGCGACUGCUACCAUCUUCUUUGUUGGGGUGAUGUUUGGAGCCUUGACCUUUGGAGGUUUGAGUGACAGGUUCGGCCGGAGGAUCAUGCUGCUGGUCUCCUACGUGUUUGGGACGCUGUUCGCUGUCGCGAGUGCUUUUUCUUCAUCCUAUGUGAUGUUCGUUGUGCUGAGGUUCUUCACGGGAUUUAGCAUCACUGGCAUCAUCAUUGUCUCAACAGCCAUCAGCGUGGAGUGGGUGGAUGUUGAGCACAGAAAACUGGUGGGAGUGGUGGACAGCUUAUCAUGGACAUUUGGGAGUGCAGUGUUUGCCGCUAUCGGCUACUUUGUGACUGACUGGCGGUGGCUUGUUGUUAGCGUCACAUCUCCUCUAAUCGCGGCCAUCGUCAGCUGGAGGUGGAUGCCAGAGUCGGCCAGGUGGCUCAUUGCUAAUGGGAAACUGGAGCAAGCACAGAUGUAUCUGAAAAGAUGUGCCACAAUGAACCAAAGGGAGAAGCAGAUUCACUCACUUAAAACCGAGACACUAUCAACGAUUGUGGUGACAGAGAAAAGAGAUCGAACAUAUUCCUACAUCGAUCUGAUACGAACACCCAAGAUGAGGAAACUGGUCCUGAGUACUGGCAUUGUGUGGUUUUGUGUAGCGACGACAUUUUAUGGCAUCAGCUUCAACAUCACAGGCUUCAAGCUCAAUAUCUACCUCACUCAGUUCACCUAUGCUUUGAUUGAGGUCCCAGCCAAACUAGCCAUCUACUAUUUACUGGAUAAGAUCGGCAGGAGAUGCACGGAGGUGGGAUCUCUACUGAUGGCCGCCAUCUGUCUUGGGAUCAAUAUCUUGGUACCUAAAGAUAUGUCUGUGGUCAGAACAGUGGUAGCAGUCAUUGGAAAAGGGUUUUCUUCAGCAUCCUUUUCAACAAUUGUGCUCUACAGCUCUGAGCUCUAUCCCACUGUUGUGAGACAGAAUGGUAUGGGCUACAACUCCUCCAUGGCUCGACUUGGUGUAGCUGUGGCUCCUUUCAUCCUCUUACUGGACGACGUCUGGAGGGAUCUGCCACAAGUUGUCCUGUGCUCUUCGGCUGUACUCGGGGCACUAGCCGCAAGAACGCUGGCAGAGACACGCAACAGGUGCCUGGCAGAGACCAUAGAGGACGUAGAGGGGCAGCAGGAGUAA